CUUCUAUAUACAUGUCAGCAAGGCCACACGCCUUUAUUCACUCACCGGGACCAUUUGGAUGAUCCAGUGUUUCUAAUGCUAGUUCAGUCAUGUCGGCACCUGCCAUGGGGACCAGCAAAACAGCGCACACUGAUUCCAGUAACAAGAAGAAAAAGGGACCCGGAACGCUGGCCACCGCAUAUCUGGUCAUUUACAACGUGGUUAUGACAGCGGGAUGGCUGGUCAUUGCUGUUGGUCUGGUUCGAGCAUACCUUGCCAGGGGAAGUUACCAUGGUCUUUAUUACUCGAUAGAAAAGCCCCUAAAAUUCUUUCAGACUGGUGCCCUUCUUGAGAUAUUGCAUUGUGCCGUGGGAAUUGUUCCCUCCUCUGUGGUCCUGACUGGGUUCCAAGUGAUGUCACGAGUAUUCCUUACCUGGGCAGUGACACACAGCGUUAGGGAAGUCCAAAGCGAAGACAGUGUUCUCCUCUUUGUGGUGGCCUGGACCGUCACGGAGAUCAUCCGUUACUCUUUCUACACCUUCAGCCUGCUCAACCAUCUGCCUUACCUCAUCAAAGUAGAAGCAUGA